UGCGGGGCGGAGAGCGGCGAUGCGGGCCGCCGGCGCCCCGCGCUGCCCGCUCGCUGCGAGAGGCGAGCCCAGCCGCACUCCGUGUUGAAAAGUGACGGCGCAGCGGCGGCUCCCGCAGAGGCUCCGCGCUCGCGGCCGGUCGGAGGGUGGGCAGGUUUGCUCUUGCCCCCCCCGCGGUCGCCGCGAUGUCCGCUCUCCUCUUGGCCCUGGCGAUGCUCUGGGGAUUACCGCCCGUCGCCGAGGCGCUUGCAGCGGGAGCCCGCGGAGGUCCUGAGGAAGCAGAUUUUAAGUGUGCCCUGAAUUACAUUAGCUGCAUUGGUACCAACAAAUGUAUUCACUUGUCCCAGCUCUGCAAUGGUGUUUAUGACUGUUCUGAUGGGUAUGAUGAAGGAGUACAUUGCCGGGAAUUGCUACCCAAAUGCCAACAGAUGAAUUGCCAAUACAAAUGUGCCAUCACCAGGAGUGGCACCAGGUGUUACUGUGCCGAUGGAUAUGAAACAAGCAGUGAUGGAAGAAGCUGCACAGAUGUGAAUGAAUGUAACACAUAUGGAAGCUGUAGCCAGAUGUGUGCAAACACAGAAGGAUCAUACUCUUGCAGCUGUGUGGAGGGUUAUGUGCUUCAGCCUGAUAACAAAUCCUGCAAGGCCAAAAAUAAGCCUGCUGAUAGACCAUCUCUUCUUCUGAUUGCAAGCUCAGAAACAAUUGAGGUAUUACACCUUAAUGGAAGCAAAAUGUCUGCCAGAACGCCUGUAAAAGGGUCUGCAAUUUUGACACUAGACUAUAGCUACAAAGAGGACACCAUUUGUUGGAUUGAAUCAAGAGAUCUUUCAAGUCAGCUGAAGUGUACAAAGAUAGCAAAAGCUGGGAAGUUAACAGAUGAAUGGAUAAUAAACAUUGCUCAGUAUCUUCACAAUGUACAGCAAAUAGCAAUAGACUGGAUCACUGGAAAUUUUUACUUUUUGGAUCACAUCAGUGACAGGAUCUUCGUUUGCAACCAGAAUGGAUCAGUGUGUAUUACCCUCAUUGAGCUUGACCUUAAUAACCCUAAGGCCAUAGCUGUUGAUCCAGCAUCAGGAAAGCUUUUCUUUACAGACUACGGGAAUACUGCCAAGGUUGAGAGAUGUGACAUGGAUGGAAUGAACAGGACAUGGAUAGUAGACUCUAAAAUUGAACAGCCAACUGCUCUUGCACUAGACCUCAUCAAUAAAUAUGUUUAUUGGGUUGACAUAUAUCUGGAUAGUGUGGAAGUUGUUGACUAUCAAGGGAGAAAGAGACAUACGAUAAUAAAAGGCAGACAAAUUAGGCACCUCUGUGGUUUGGCAGUAUUUGAAAACUAUUUAUAUACAGUUGAUUCAGAUAACCUCAGCAUUUUACGAAUAAACAGAUAUAACGGUACCGAUAUUCAGUCUCUUGCCAGGCUUGACAAUGCUAAAGAGAUCCAUGUGUACCAGAAAAGAUCUCAAACAGCAGUCAGAAGCCAUGCAUGCGAAGUGGACCCAUAUGGAAUGCCGGGAGGAUGUUCACACAUCUGUCUGCUCAGCAGCAACUACAAGGCACGAACUUGUCGCUGCAGGACUGGCUUCAUCUUGGGGAGUGAUGGCAGGUCAUGCAAAAGACCAAAGAAUGAAUUGUUUCUUUUUUAUGGGAAGGGACGUCCAGGAAUAAUACGGGGAAUGGACCUGAACACCAAAGUGUCUGAUGAAUACAUGAUCCCUAUAGAAGACUUGGUCAGUCCUCGUGCUCUGGACUUCCAUGCUGAAACCAGUUACAUUUACUUUGCUGAUACUACCAGUUUCCUAAUUGGACGACAGAAAAUUGAUGGCACAGAGCGAGAGACAAUCCUCAAAGAUGACCUUGAUAAUGUAGAAGGCAUAGCAGUGGACUGGAUUGGAAAUAAUCUUUAUUGGACAAAUGAUGGCCACAGGAAAACCAUUGCUGUAGCCAGGCUGGAAAAAGCUUCUCAGAGCAGAAAAACUUUGUUGGAGGGAGACAUGUCGCACCCGAGAGGAAUUGUGGUUGAUCCUGUCAAUGGCUGGAUGUAUUGGACAGACUGGGAAGAAGAUGAAAUGGAUGACAACGUGGGAAGAAUUGAGAAGGCAUGGAUGGAUGGCUACAGUCGGCAGAUUUUUGUAACAUCAAAGAUGCUAUGGCCAAAUGGUUUAACUCUGGACUAUCAUGCCAAUGUGUUAUACUGGUGUGAUGCCUAUUAUGAUCACAUUGAAAGGAUAUUUUUGAAUGGAACUGACAGAAAGGUAGUCUAUAAUGGAAAAGAUUUGAAUCAUCCUUUUGGAUUGUCACAUCAUGGAAAUUAUAUUUACUGGACAGAUUAUAUGAAUGGGUCAAUUUUCCAGUUGGAUUUGGUUACAAGGAAUGUGACGCUGUUAAGAAGUGAGAGACCACCUUUGUUUGGACUCCAGAUUUAUGAGCCACGUAAACAGCAAGGUAUGUAUUACAUACCAUUUCUCCAAAGGUCUGUUAUAAAAGGAUAUCUUCCCUUACAGUCUUUUUAG